AUGCAGGCCUACGCCUUGGGACUGCGACAGUCCGCAGUCGAGAGCCUCGACGAUGGCCAGAGUCGAUAUGUACCGAGCUCAGUGUACAGCGGUCCGGGGCCAAUAGAUGAUUCUCCGGCAAUUGGAAAUACACAGAGCUUCAUGUCGGGCGCUCUGCGUGGUCCCUUUACCGACGAGCAGCCGACUCCCCGUUUCGCGCCGCCGAUGCCGAAGCAGUCGCGCAACUCCACUCUCCUCAACAUCAACGACCCCGUCGCCAUGCACCUGCUCGCCGAGACUGCAAUGAGCGAUAGUCGCGAUUUCGAAGUGCUCUCGUUCGAAGAGAUGGAUCAGUUGAAGAGAGAACGGGCCUCUCUGAGAAGCAAGGUCGACACGACAAAGAGGAGACUGGCUCUGGAAACGAAACUGCGGGAUGCGGCACAAUCACUCAAUCGCCUGUACUCGGUUCGCGACAAGCACGACUCGAGAGGCGGUUCUCCCAAAAACAAGAGGCGCAGCUUCCUUGGGAACCACAGGACCAGUGGUGCGGAGAUGGUGAGUCGGGCAGACGACGAAUAUGCCGCGAGCAACAAGAAGGUCCAGGACCUCACACAGGAGCUGUCGCAACAGGAGAGGGAGCUAGAGCGGGUGCAAAUGAGAAUCCUUCAACAUACAGCGGGAAUCCUACAGAUGACACACAAGGGUCUUAAGAAGAACCUCCGCCAGUCCGAGUUGCCGAGAAGCCCGGAGAGUAUGACGAGCCAGCCAAAUGGGAGAAUGUCCGGGGUGCCAGGAAUCGAGGAUUUUGACGAACGUAGCUUGUACCAAGUGCCCGACUAUGUCACCGAAUUUGGUUCGGCAUCACACGGCUUGGGCAGAAGCAAACGAGGAAGCAAAGACCCCAUUGAAGACAUUGCAGCUCGUCUCCAAGAAGUCAACAGCCGACUACAUACCAUGAUCAAUCAGUCCGGGACACAGGCGCACUUUGAUCCGCCUCCACAGCCGACCGACGGUGAUCUGGCCGGUCGUAUCGGCGCUCAGAUCCAAGCCCAUUUGGGCUAUCUAUCCCAAGGCCUCGAUGCCAUGGAAGCAGUGCAGGCACAGUCUAAGGACACGGACCAAGACUCGGCCUUGAAUCACCAAGAGCAGCUUGAAGAUGUUAACAUGCGUCUUCACGACAUGCUCCAGCGAACGAAUUCGGUCAGCCAGAGCCCCAUUAUACCGCAAGAUGAACCGAGAGGAAAGGACCUGCCGUCUCAAUUGGCAUUUUCCUUCUCGAUCAUCGACCGACUGAACUCGCGCGUCGAGACAUUGCUGGAACAAAAGGCGAUUCUCACACGACAGAUUCAGCAGCAGCGAGAGCUGAACAACAAGUCGGAUAGUCAGCGUGACGCCACGAUCCACAACUUGAUGGACGAGAUCGAACAACACAAGCAGACCCACGCUACAAACGAGGAGGACUCCAGACGUUUCCAGGAGCAAAUCAAUCUUCUUUUGGAGCAGCUGGACAUGGCUAAGCAGGAAAGCAUGCUUUUGGAACAACAGCGAGGCGCCAGUGACCGCCAGGCAGAGGAUGCUGCUGCCCCCUUUCUCCAGAAAAUCAGUCUUCUCGAAACCGCCAAAGCAGCAGCAGAGACGGACCUCGCGAAGUCUCGGGACGAAAUCAAGGAGCUGGAGUCGGAAGUGGUGCGGGCACAGACAGAACUGACCAUGGUAAAGGCCGAGUUGGACGGGGCGUACGGAACACGUGCUCAGCGAGCUGCUGAUGUGUCGAUGAAUCCGGCCAUCCAGAAGGAGAUUGACAGUCUGAAUGCACACAACCGAGACCUGGAGAACCAGCUUGAUUUCCUCAAGAACCAGCAUGAGACCAAGGGCGUCGGUAGCGCUGAACUCCAGAACAAGGUCAAUACCCUCCAGCAAGAGCUCAAGGCAACGCUGGAAGAAUACGAGAUCAUGACAAAGCAGAGCAUUGAGGAUGAGAAGGAACGUGAACGUCUCGAGGAACAAGUCGACGCGUUCCAACAGCGAUGCGAGACUUUGGAAUCUCAAUUGAACGAAGAAAAGGUCAAAUGGUUGGGUGCAAAGGCCGGCUUGCCCACCGAGACUACAUCGACCAUGGUCUUGAAGAACGAGUUCAAGAAGAUGAUGCGUGAAACCCGCGCCGAGAAUCUGAAGACGAUCAAGGCCGAGCAGGAAGAACGACGUCGGCUCGAGGGCAUCAUCAAAGGCCUGCGCAAAGACCUUCAACAACGACAGAGUCAAAAGGACGUGUCUAGCUCUGAAAACGCCAUCUCUAGUGGAAAUGUACCAAUUUCUUGA